AUUGCCCAAGUUGCACCCAUAAAUAAGGCUGACCCAGUUUGAGGGGGAGGGAGAGAGAGACAAUAGUACGGACUACGGAGAGAGAGAGGGAGAGAGAAUGGAGUCGCCGUUCAAGGAAGACAUACUAAAGGGGAAAGUAGCACUGUUGACAGGAGGUGGUUCAGGAAUUGGGUUCGAGAUCUCCCAGCAGUUUGGGAAGCAUGGUGCCUCUGUCGCCAUCAUGGGCCGACGCAAGCAAGUCCUUGACUCUGCCGUCUCCGCUCUUCGUUCCUUCUCUAUUCCUGCGGUUGGGUUUGAGGGGGAUGUUCGCAAACAGGACGAUGCAAGAAGGGUUGUGGAAUCAACUGUUAAGCACUUUGGCAGGCUCGACAUUCUUGUUAAUGCUGCGGCAGGCAAUUUUCUUGUGGCGUCUGAAGAUUUGUCCCCUAAUGGGUUUCGAACAGUUAUGGAUAUUGAUUCUGUUGGCACAUUCACAAUGUGCCACGAAGCACUUGAAUAUCUUAAGCAAGGAGGACCAGGAAGGGGCUCAUCUAGUGGUGGAACCAUUCUGAAUAUCAGUGCUACUUUGCAUUACACUGCAGCUUGGUAUCAAAUCCAUGUCUCUGCGGCAAAGGCAGCCGUUGAUGCCAUAACAAGAAACUUGGCACUGGAGUGGGGUACUGAUUAUGAUAUCAGAGUCAAUGGAAUUGCACCUGGCCCCAUAGGUGAUACUGCUGGCAUGAGUAAACUUGCUCCAGAGGAGAUAAAUAGCAACGCAAAAGACCGCAUGCCUCUUUAUAAACUUGGGGAGAAGUGGGAUAUUGCGAUGGCUGCUGUCUACCUUGUAUCUGAUGCUGGCAAGUACAUUAAUGGAACUACCAUUCCUGUGGACGGAGGACUUUGGCUGAGUCGGCCUCGUCAUCUACAAAAAGAGGCAGUGAAGCAACUUUCACGUGCUGUGGAAAGGAGAUCAAGAGAUGCUCCUGUCGGGCUUCCCACCAGCAAAUUGUAACCUAGCCUGGAGUGAGCUAGACUGGCGAGGUCUCCCAAAAUGAGAAGAGUGUUAUACUCAGCUCACUGAGCCUAGUUCUAUUAUUCUCAGGAGAGAAACUUUAGUUGGUCCUGGAUAAAUAUCCAGGGGGAAUUAGUUACCUUUCGGAUGAGUGAAUUUGUUGUUAUUAUCCAGGGGAAAUUAGUUACCUUUUGGAUGAUUGAAUUUGCUAUUUAAAUCCAUUAAAGCUACAGUUUAGCCCCCCUUCCAAUAGGUUGAUGGUGAAAUAAUUUGCAAUUUUUAGUGGAACUAUGGUAUAUAGUAUAUACCUUUGUAUCCAUAGCUAUUGAUGUAUGAGCUACGGGAAAUGUGUUUCUUA